AUGGUGCAAUUCAGGAAGAGUCUGGCCUUACUAUGGCUGUGUACAAUACAAUGUACAACUGCCAUUGAUGUGGACUGGACGAGUCCCCAAUCGGUCAAAGACGCAGCCGCCACAAUCGCAGCAGGAAUGAUGAGCUACUACGUCGGAAACCAGUACGGGCAAACGCCUGGGAUCUUGCCAGGACCAUACUACUGGUGGGAAGCAGGCGCAAUGUGGGGAGCGAUGGUCAACUACUGGCACUACACCGACGACACGAAGUGGAACGACUUGACGAUGCAAGCUUUACAAUGGCAGGUCGGACCACACAACGAUUUCAUGCCUCCCAAUGCCUCGGCAUCACUAGGGAAUGAUGAUCAAGCAUUCUGGGGCAUGGCCGCGCUGCAAGCAGCAGAAUACAAAUUUCCCGACCCGGUAUACCCACAACCUUCCUGGCUGUCCCUCGCGCAAGCGGUCUUCAACGAGCAGUCCGGGCGCUGGGACACGCAGCACUGCAACGGGGGGAUUCGAUGGCAGAUCUACGAGAUCACGGGCUGGAACUUGAAGAAUUCUAUAUCGAAUGGAUGUUUCUUCAAUAUCGCGUCCAGACUGGCAAGAUAUACGAACGACGAUAUGUAUGCGCAGUGGGCGGAGAAGGUCUGGGAUUGGAUGUGGCGGAUCGGGCUAAUUGAUUCGAAUUAUAAUGUUUUUGAUAAUACGGAGGCGGAUCGGAUGAAUUGUACGACGAUCGACCAUACGCAGUGGAGCUAUAAUGCGGGGACGAUGCUCAUGGGAGCGAGUACUAUGUGGAACUACACACAAUCCGAUCUCUGGAAAAACAGAACCAGUAACUUGCUAAGCACAUUAGUCUUCGACUACUUCCACGACGGUAUAAUGAAAGACAUCUGCGAGCAAAACAAUGCCUGCAACGUCGACCAGCACUCCUUCAAAGCCUACCUCUCCCGCUGGCUUGCCGCAACAACCCAAAUGGCACCCUUCACCUACUCCAUCAUCGCCCCUCUCCUUCUAUCCUCUGCCAAAGCAGCAGCAGCCCAAUGCACCGGGGCCCCAACCGGCAACGUCUGUGGUCUAAAAUGGUACAACAACGGGACCUGGGACGGCACAGCUGGCGUUGGUCAACAGAUGGCUGCGCUGGAGGUUGUGUUGGGGACCAUGGUAGGCAAGGCAGUUCCGGCGGUUACAAAUACGACGGGUGGCACGAGCCCGAGUAACCCGCACGCGGGGUAUAACUCCUCCUCGAUCCCGCCGGGGGAGACCGUAAGUCCGCCGACGAAAGCGGAUAAAAUCGGCGCGUGGUUCCUCACGGCAGUAUUCUUGGUCGGCGCGUUGUAUAUGUGGUGGUUUAUGAACACUAGUUCGCAUGAGUGGCGGUCGCGGCCGACUGUUGGUGGGAAGCCGGGACGGCGAGGAAGGACCAUAUCCACAAUCGAUGCGCGACGUUCGGGCGGUACGGCCGUGGCUAGGGGGGUUGAGGCGAGUGCUGCGAAUGGAGGAGCAAAGUACGGUGGCGCGGCGUCGAAGGAGUAUGCAGCAGUCCUGCCGGUCCACGAACUAGGCAGCGCAAAAGGGGCUGCGGAUAGAGGGUCGAAGAGGCGGUCAAAUGUCCUCACUAAACCCGACCGCUCCUCCACUUUCUCGUCCACGGGCGUGUUUCCGAGUGAUAGGAAUGGCCAUGCGAGGAGUGCGAGCUAUGUGUCUGAGAAGGCGGCGAGGAACAGUCUGAGAGGCCUGCCACCGAUACAUGAGAGGGAGAAGGAGGAGAGGCGGCGGCGGCGGAGUAAUGGGCUGCACGGAGACGAUAAGGAGAGGAGGAGUCGGGGGCAGAGUUUUGGCGAGGAGAAAGAGAAAGCGAGCAGAGGGUCGCGAUUCAAGGAAGAAGAGAUGCCCAGUCGGCUGGACUAA